CUGGCCCGGCCCUGUCCUGCGCCGCCGGCCGCAGGUGCGUAAAUACCGGCGCCUGCCGCGCUGCUCUGUCCUUCGCUCCGCUGCGAGAUCUGCUGUAGUUUGCUGCCAUUUAUUUCUAACAACUCAUCUGCUUGAAGAGAUUCCGUUGUAAUGUAUCCAGUGGCUGUUCCUGCGCCAGGAGGUGAAGGAAGUAAUGGACAACACGGGAAACUUAUUUUUUUCCUUUUUGUUUUUGGAGCUGUGUUGCUCUGUGCUGGAUUCCUUCUUUAAGUCUUUGUUCUCCAGUCAUGUCCAUCUGGAAGCUUCAGACACUGUAAUGAGGUCCUAAAGGCUGCUGGGCCAGGGCUGCCUAUAACUGGACUGGUUUGUGUUGUACUGGCACGAUCAAGGGCCAGGAUGUAUAUAAGUCAAAGACAAUUGCAGAAUGAGCAGAUGUGCAGCCUUGUUUUUUGUCAUGGGAACUGUCAGUUUGCCCAGUUUCUCAUAUUUGGAUUCCUGUUUUUAACUAGUGGAAUGUUAAUUAGCAUCAUGGGCAUUUGGGUUCCUGGUUGCAGCCCUGGCUGGCAUAUGAUACAGCUCAACCACACUGGCACUUCUGACACAGACCUCCAGGGCUGUGGAUUCCUGCCACUUCAAAUCUUGGGACCUUUGAUUGUGCUGAUUGGGUUGUCUUUCUUUGUGAUAGCUCAUGUUAAAAAGAAGCAAAACUUAUAUCUCAACCAAGAAUCCUGUGAAAGUGAACAACAUCCUCACGGUCCUGAAUCUUUUCAGGUUACAUUAGGUGAUGCUGUGAUGGUAUUCCCAUCCCCACCACCUCCUUAUUUUGCUGACCCUGUGUCACCAACUGUGACUCACUGUCUUAUGCCGAGUGUUUUGCCUACAAGUGUAGAUCCACCACCAUACCACUCUCUCUUCCCUGAUGGAGCACAGCUUGGUGAUGAUGAAAGAACAGUUGCUGUUAGAGACUCUGAAUCCGUAUAUACAAUUUCUGGAAGCAGCUCACCUUCAGAUAUUUUACCAAUGCCAUGCCUUUCUUCUGAACCACCACCAAAAUAUGAAGAGAAAGCAUCAAUAACGAAUAAUGAAUAUUCACCAUCUUCUUCCUUAUCUUUUUCAUCUGUUUCCUUAGCCACAUCUGACACCAGCUUCUAAAGGACUGACAGUUCACUUAAUUUUUAAUAAAAUGUACACAGAGAUUUACAAUUUUUGAAUUUAUUUACAUUUUGUAAUAAAAGCAAUAAUGUUGUCUGUGUCUAAUUUUUCAUCAGGAAGAAUAAACAAUGAACUUGGAUUUCAAGAAAUACUAGAGAAGCCUGGGCCUCUGCUAAAGUACUCUGAAGGGAGUUCACUGCAAGAACAUUAAAUUCUCAUCUUGUUCUGUUACAGCUUCAGUUUCUAUUUAUAGCUGUUCUUUUUAUAAUGAAGCCACUAAGUAGAAACCAACUUUUUUUAUUAUUUUAAUUAAAUCUGUUUGGAGCUUCAAAGAAAGAAAUAAUUUGGAAGUGUUUUUAUUUCUAUUUUUUCAUGACUUGUUUGCAGAGUUAUGGCCUUUACAAGUACUCGAGGAGCAUUCACAUGUAGGGAUGUUAAGGUUGCUAUGAAGACGCCAUGAUGCUAUGAAGAGCUUCAAUGGUUACCUUUUGGUCUGCCUGGUAACAAACACUCCAUAUUUAGGCUAUCUCUGGUCCUUAUGUAAGUAUAAUCCCUCGGAAAAUCAGUUUUAGCUGCAGUUAAGAGCCCAAAGGCAGCCCUGAGGAUAGAUAAUAGGCUAACAGUUUAACUGUGGUAACCCCUGGUUUCAGGGGGAUUAUUCUGUUUUAUAUCAUUAUUCAUUGAUUAUACAAGGAGUGCUUAUUGUGUGAGAGUGAGUGCCACAAAGCAAUGCUAUCUUUGAGGUGCAGACAUUACUUACCAGCAGAUGCGGGAGAGGCAGUUUCAUGGAAACCCAUGCAACAAAUGUUUUUAACUGACAUAACACUUGACAGACCCUUCAGAAGUACAACCCUCUUAGCUCUUCCAUCCUGCUGCCCCCCUAGGGUAGUAGUAGUGGCCUGCCUUCAGGGUGGAGGUUCUAAUGUUAUUUUGUGUUUGUUUGCACCUGUUCCCAAACUGAAGGAUUAGCUUGUAGUAGGUAAAGAUAAGUAGGAAGAACUGAGUUGCUGCUAUCUUUGACAUCUUACAACUUGCUAUGAAUGCUGUUUGAGAAAAAGAAAUUGGAUUCUGUGCUCAGAAAAGUGGCAGGGCUUUGGGCUUGGUUCAGCCUGGUGUAUUUGCCAGCAUUAAAACUUUUUGUAAGAGUGAUCUCUGAAGUGUUCAGCUGAGUCUCUGAACAGCUGUGUGCCUUGGGACCCCAGUUACAUCUCCACUUGUCAUAUACUAUGCUGAAUUUCAGAGAACUUGAGUGUAACGGGAUGCUAGACUAUGAAUUAAGAACUUAAAUUCCCUCCUGUGCCUAGGGAAAGGUGAUCACCUUUUUGUCAUCUUGCUAUGAGCAUGCCUCUCACCUGCUGACCGCUUUAGAGAGAUGUUCAGGAGCUCCUGCAUUUGCCAUUUAUUUCCAGUUCUGUGUCACUCCCUCAGUUAUGCCAGGACAGCUCUUUGUGCAGCCACACAAAAACAAACCAGCCAGUGAGGGAAGUAUAUUUAGCCAGCAGUAGAGCUGAGGGGCUUAUGCAUGCAGAGUAAUGAGCAAACACGGCACAGAGGGGGAUUUAGUAUGUAGGAGCUGAUUAAACUGGCAUGACUCAGCCAUUAGAAAUGUCUGUAUGAAGAAAGGGAAUCCACAAACGCCAGUCGGCAUUUUGUUCUCUCUUCUCUCAAACAUUUUUUACCUAGUGAGUUUUUCAAGGAUGUUUGUCCUUAUAUGCAAUCUGCAAUACAAGCUAUAGUUUGCCAUCUUUGUGAUUAUUUUUUAAGCUUUUGCUCCUGUUGUUUAAACAGUGGGGCCCACUGCCGUGUAUGAUUCAUGCCUACAUAGCUUUGCAUGUGUCUAAGGAGCCUGUUUCUCUCUCAAAUUAUCCUUCUAUCAUAUAAUAAGAACAGAAGCUGGGAUAUUUUACUGGAAAAAUCCCAUGCAACAAAGCCCAUGUUAGCUUUAUCCUGUUCUUUAUCCAGAACACUCAUUUUCUGAGAAGGCUAAGUAUCAAAACAUGUUUUCACAAAUCUGGAAAUAUUUCACCAUCUUAAAAAAAAUAAUCAGUUGCAUUUGGUAGUAAAGUGAAAAAGUAUCAACCUUUUCUGCUGCCUUCAAUUUGUUCAGUCGGUUGUUCCCAAGAUGUACCAAAGAGACCAGACAAAUCAAGCAGAAUAUGUUGAUUCAUCAGAGUUCUCUGUAACAGAA